UUGACUGUGGAGCAGUUUAAGAGUUAAUAGCCCCCUACUGGAAUGGUUUGGCCCCCUCCCCCACCUGCUUUUCUGCCCAGCAACAUCUUGGUAUUUCCCAGGGGGGAGUUGAAGUUCAACCAAUUAGAUGUGGUUGUGGUUCCCGGACUUAUUUCGUCCCUUCCCCUGGUUUUUAUAUCUGGGGGUGACGCCCCCCUCACUCUCCCCUGGACCUAGAGUUUUGUCCCUUCCUCCCUCCCCAUUUUUGUUUUUGUGUUUUGUACGUCACAGCGGGACAAUAUCUAUGAGAGAAUUCUCCUGGAUGACCCAUCAACCAUGGGGAGAGACAGGAACAAGAUGGCCGACAGGAUCAUAAACCUCACCCUACAGAUACUCUUCCAGCUUACUGGAGAGGAUUACACAGUAGUGAAGAAGUCCUCUAGUGGGCGCUGUCGGGCCCCUGAGUGUGAAGGAUGGGGAAGAACCCUGAGCCCAAUACCGGGGCCCCCACCUCACUCCCUGUUACAUGAGGAAAUGGAAGAACAGAAGAUCCUAGAACUCAUCAACAAGAUGAUGGAGCUGCUUACUGGAGAGGUUCCUAUAAGGUGUCAGGACGUGGCGGUCUAUUUCUCCAUGGAGGAGUGGGAGUAUGUAGAAGGACACAAGGAUCAGUACAAGGAUCAGGUGAUGAUGGAGGAUCAGCAGCCCCUCACAUCACCAGUCAGAUCCAGUAAGAGAACAGCACCAGAGAGGUGUCCCCGUCCUCUUCUUCCACAGGAUGAUCAGGGAGAAGAUCUGAACAAUAUUAAUGCUCCAGAAACAGAUGUGAGCAGUGAUGAGCAGUAUAAGGAGAAUAUUCCUACAGGGAAACAUCUGUUCUAUUAUAAUGUUAGAGACAUAAAGGAAGAAGAAGAGACAGAUGUGAGCGGUGAUGGGCAGUAUAAGGAGAACAUUCCUACAGGAAAAGAUCUGAUCUAUAUUAAUGCUGCAGACAUAAAGAAAGAAGAAGAAGAGACAGAUCUGAGCGGUGAUAAGCAGUAUAAGGAGAAUUUUCCUACAGGGAAAGAUCUGGUCUACAUUAAUGCUACAGACAUAAAGGAAGAAGAAGAAGAAGUGACAGAUGUGAGGGGUAAUGAGCAGUAUAAGGAGGAAAUUCCUACAGGGAAAGAUCUGAUCUAUAUUAAUGUUACAGACAUAAAGGAAGAAGAAGAGACAGAUGUGAGGUGUGAUGAGCAGUAUAAGGAGGACAUUCAUACAGGUAACCUCCCAGAUUCUUGUACCAGGAGAUCAGAGGAGAAUCUUCUAUCUUCAGAUUAUAAAGCAGAUGAUGAUAUCACACAAGAUACAUAUGAAGAACAUUCCAUUAUCCCAGAUACACCCUCAGCCCUUCACAGCCAAGAUCUCUCAUCUCAUCCUUAUAUACAGGACCAAUCUGAUUUAUCACUGAAUAUAAAUCAAUAUGAGAAGUCGUCAUUUUCAUGUUUAGAAUGUGGGAAAAGUUUUGCUCAGAAAUCACAUCUUUAUCAGCAUAAAAAAAGUCACACAGGGGAGAAGUCAUUUUCAUGUUCAGAAUGUGGGAAAUGUUAUAUUCAGAAAUCAAAACUUGUUUAUCAUCAAAGAACUCACACAGGAGAGAAGCCAUUUUUAUGUAGAGAAUGUGGGAAAUGUUUUACUAGGAAAUCAAUUCUUGAUCAACAUACAAGAACUCACACAGGGGAGAAGCCAUUUUCAUGUUCAGAAUGUGGGAAAAGUUUUGCUCAGAAAUCGCAUCUUAUGCAACAUAAUAAUACUCACACAGGGGAGAAGCCAUUUUCGUGCUCAGAAUGUGAGAAAUGUUUUACAAAGAAAUCAUAUCUUGUUAAACAUCAGAAAACUCACGCAGUGAAAAUAAAUUUUUUUGCAUAAAAUGAGCGAAAUGUUUUACUCAGAAAUAAAGCCUUGUUGAUCCAAAAACUCACAAAGGGGAGAAGCCAUUUUUAUGCACUCUUUUUUGUCGGGUUGUGCGCCUAAAUCCUGCCUGACCCUGCGAUAGAAUGUGCGACAGAGAAAAACCCAACACAUUCAGAGACAUUCGGAGACACUCAUGUUCAGAAUGUGGAAAAAGUUUUGCUCAGAAAUCACAUCUUAUGCAACAUAAAAAUACUCACACAGGAGAGAAGCCAUUUUCAUGCUCAGAAUGUGAGAAACGUUUUACAAAGAAAUCGUAAAACAUAAAAUUGUAAAAUGUAAAUCCUGUCUGACCCCGCGAUAGAAUGUGCGACAGAAAAAAAACAACACAUUCAGAGACACUCUGAAUGAAAUAAAAACCUACAAAAUGGGCAUGGUUUAUGUGAAAAGGGGUGUAGUCCCAACAUUUCUUCCAAAAACACUCGUCUUUUAUGGAUAACACUCAGGUGAACUUUUGCUGAUGAAAAUCCUACACUUUAGAGCAUGUAUAAAGUUUCUGAAUUUGGAGGAAAUUCGUUUGCUGUUGGCUUCCUUUCCAGAAUUGACUGACUGUAAAAAGUAUUUUUUCCUAGUUAAAACCAGUUUUUACUGAAUGCCUUUGUUGAAACACCAGUUUUUACUAAAUGCCUUCUUACAAACUAGAGUAUUUAAUGAAUGCCUUUGUAAAAACUAGAAUUUAUGCCUUUGUGAAAACUAGAAUUGACUUUUUUUGUUUGUUUGUUUUUUUGCUUGAGGCUGUUUUUUUUGGGGACAUAUUGUACUUUAUAUUAGUAGUAAAUUUUGUUGAUACAUUCAGUGUUUUUUUGCAUUUUUCUAGAUAUAAAUUCUCUACUUGUAAGAGAGAUCGUCAUGCCAAAUAAACCUAGUUUUUAGGGAUGUCCUGAUACCAUUUUUUUUAAGACCGAGUAUGAGUACCGAUACUUUUUUUUUAAAGAGUACCUGUCAUCAAAC